GAAGCUAACCCUAGCUGAGCUGAGCUGACACUGUAGGAGAGCAAAGAAACACCAAACUAGUGUAGCUUUUAGUGCGCUCGCACAGAACCAUGGAUCGGUUCAGAUGAAUGAAUAGGUAAACUGACAGAUCAACAGACUUCUGGACUCACGUGCAGGCUCUGGACAGUAUAUCGUCACAGGCACCAGGUUUCUAUUCUCCAUCUAACGACCUCUGAUUGAAAUUUUGGGAAGUACGCUUUCAGGAUGUUUUCUCUGGUUAGUUUGAGAAGGACUGUUUCUACCCUGUUCGUUCUCCUCUCCAGUGCUGCUGUCAUGGUGGAGAGUGACUGUCCUGCCCAGUGCUCUUGUGGCCCAUCACCCCCAAUGUGCCCAGUGGGCGUUAGCUGGGUGACAGACGCCUGUGGCUGCUGUAAGGUGUGUGCCAGGCAGUUCAACCAGGACUGCAGCCCCAGCCAGCCCUGUGACCACAUCAAGGGCCUGCACUGCCACCUGGGGGCUGGGGGAAACCCAGAGAGAGGCCUGUGCCGAGCGGAGGCCAAGGGCCAGUCCUGCGAGUUCAGCGGGCGUGUCUACCAGCAUGGAGAGGACUUCCAGCCCAGCUGCCAGCACCAGUGCAGCUGCAUGGAUGGGGUGGUGGGCUGCAUGCCACUCUGCCCCCACCAGGUGUCCCUGCCCGACUGGCGCUGCUCCCAGCCAAGGCUGGCACGGCCCUUGGGCCGCUGCUGUGCGGAGUGGGUCUGUGACGACAACAACCACAUCAGUGAGGACCCAGAGGAACCUCCACAGGUAGCCUUGCCCAACCCACAACCCCUCCCAAACCACAUCAACAACCAGCUCCAGGAACAGCCACGCUAUCAGGCCAGCACUGGAGUCACCUUUAGAGAGGUGGUGCCCCUCCCCAGGUCCCAGGUGUUGCUAAGCGCCAAAUGCUUCCCGCAGACCACUGAUUGGACGGAAUGUUCCACUACCUGUGGGAUGGGCAUCUCCAGUCGGGUGACCAAUAACAACGCAGACUGCCAGCUUGUCAGAGAGACACGACUGUGUCAAGUCCGCCAAUGUGACCUGCGACUUACCCCAGCAAUCAAGAGGGGAAAGAAGUGCCAGCGUUCAGUGCGCCCUCAGGAGCCAAUCAGCAUCAACUUUGCUGGCUGCUACACAGCAAGGCACUAUCGACCUCGCAGCUGCGGCUCCUGUGUGGAUAGUCGAUGCUGCACCCCUUCACUGACCCGCACCGUCCGCCUGCGCUUCCACUGUCCCGACGGAGAGGGCUUCACACGCAACGUCAUGUGGAUCCAGCGCUGCAGCUGCAAGAAGAGCUGUCACAUUCACGGCUCCCCCUCAAGGCCCUCUGUCAGCUUACACAAUGACAUCCACACCUUCAGGCACUGAGUCAGGAUUAGGAGGAUGCCCAACCCCAGCCUCGACACACUGGAUAGGGCUAGGGCAUGCUGGUCUCUACCCAUCUUCCAUAUGCCCUCUGCCCACGGAUAGCCCUGCCUUUCAGCCCCUUCCUGGACAUCAGUGUGGCUGGCAGCCUCUACCCGCCUGCACCAGCACAAGACUAUGGGAAUGACAGCUAGGUGGCCGCUCCCCCCAUCCAGGCAGAACUAUUGCUUGCACUUUAAGCUUCCUGACACAUUGCCCCCAGUUAUCCAACAUGAGAGAUGGGUAGCUAUUUGGUGCAACUCUCUGCGGCUAGGUCCAGUUCCCUUCCCUGCUGAUGACCCAGCCACAGAACUGUUCCGGUGGAGGAAGGGACAGCACUGAGCACAACAGACUAUAGAUGUCGUCAUGUUGGACUUAUGGGUGAAAUAUGUAAAUGAAUCCUCUGCUUUUCACCCUUUUUAAAAUAUUAAUUAUGUUUUAUUUGUUAACAUUGUCAAGUCCCUCUAUAUAACCA